AUGUUGACCUCGCGUUUGGCUCAAAGCAAAGGAAUUCUAGUGGGAUAUUUGGGGCCUCGAUCCGUAGAGAUGGAUGCCAGCUAUUUCUCCAAGAUGCUGGCCAGUUUGUCAUCGCUGCCCAGUCUUUUGAGCUCCUCUACAGGUCUCGGGGCCUUUGCGAGCACUGGAUCACAGAGCGUCGCUGUGGUGAAUUUGGUGAUUAGCUUGGCAAUUCUUGUGAUUUUGUUUCUCCUGCUCCCUUGGCGGAGACUUCGCUGGCCGCUUCCCAUGCCUUGGGACAUCUUCCGCCAAGUCUCUUUUGCCAAUCUCCGGAUGGUUUGUCCAGAAAGCCAUGCCUUGGACAGCGAGCUUUUGGAAGUUACAGAACUCGAUCCAAAGCGCUUUCGAGAUGUGAAAAGCGAUGAGGCCACCCUUCCACUACAAGAGCUUUUGGAAUGGAUCGCCAAACAUCCUUUCACUGGCUACAAAGGUGGGAUUGCACGAUUGGUGGCGAAAAUCCUAUGGCUUGAACGUGGCAAUCCGGAUUUGGAGUCCGAGAUUCAAGGUUUCAAUGACAUUGACCUUAUUUGUUUUCUGCAAGAUGGUGAAGAGCAGCAGAAGGCUGAAAUGAAAGAACUUGUUGAUGCAGGUUUGUCAAUUGGAGGCAUUCCUGUCGAGGCACAAGAUGUGGAGUACUCUUACGACACCAUUCCCCAUGUUCUGGCCACGCGGGACUUGACCCAGAACCAGUGUAUUAUUGUAUCUGAUGGUGCCGGCCGGGUCUUCCUAAUCAAUGCGCAAAUAUGUCACAAGCACACCUUGCAGAGCAAGACUGCGCCUGCUGCUGCGUCUGACAACAGCACCCUGGAUGACCUUGGCAAUGUGGUGGCAAAGCCCCGCGCUGUUGGCCGUGCCAUCAUUCAGUGGAUGAAGGGCCGUGCCAGGAUCGUCGAGCUGAGCGAAGCCACGACCAAAUUUUACAGAGCUCAAAAGUUGCCAAAAAUGACACUCUUUCAGGUGUUUUGCAAAGCGAAGGGCAAUGAGAUGUACAUGAAAGUAUACACCGAGUUGCUUCGACUGGGUUUUGUGGACCACCAGCAGUUUCCGCACGUGCUUUGGGGUGAGUGCUAUGCCUACGUGAACUCUUUGAUCUCGCGACAUGGCUACCGCUUGGAGCUUGAAAGCGACUUCGACUCAGCGGCAGUUGAGAAAUGGAAAGAAGCAAAGUAUGCCGAGCAGUUAGCUCGGACUCGCAUCAGCAUCUUCCGGGAUUUUCGCUUCCACCGCAUGGUUCUGGACGAGACGUUUCUCAUGCCAUAUGUCAUUGCCGACACCCCCCUGACAGCUGGGCUGAAGGGUCACACGGAUGCCGGUCAGCUGGAGCACCCUUCUCGGGAGCACCUCACUCGCUUGCGACGCCUUCAAUCCCGGACGGCCAUUGCAGCAGAGGGUGGCUCGUUGACUUCUUCAACCGCACGAUUUGAGCAGACGCAGCCAGGAACAACCUUCCGUCUUGGUGGAAGUGAAGCUGCAGACAGUGCCAUAAGGCUGAUACGCUCCACUGCUCAUGAGAAAGGAGAAGAGAAAGCUCGACAGAUUGUCGAGCGCAUCCUCAGCAGUGGUGGUGCCUUUCUGGAACAGGAUGAUUUGCCAGAUGACCAGCAUGACCCCUUGCUGAACCAGAACAUGUUUGGGAAAUUGACCAUGACGGAGACGUUCCUUCACCUUUGCCGCAUUGCAAAGAUUGCGUGGCCGCGAUUCCUGGCUUCUUUCCUGGUGAACGGCUUUGCAGCCGUGCUGUUUGUCCUUGUCAUCAACCAUGUUGUGUCGGCUUACUGGUUGCUUUGUGCAGCAGCGGCGAAUGCACUGGGCGCCUGGCUGUUCAUCUCUGCAUCUAACCAUGCCAUGCUGAACGUGCUUUCCUCAAUGUUUUUGGCCUUGCUGAAUAUAAAAGCCGAUGCCUUCUCUACGAGGAUGUUUUCAGAAGUUUGGAGCCGUUUGGUGGGUGACACCCGUGCAUUGCAAGGUGUGCUGGAGUCCUGUAGUGAACUCACCAUUGAAGCUCUUACUGCUAUUGGUGCUUUUUUUGUCCUGUCCUCGUCCGUGGAACCUUCUUGUGAUUCAGCCAUUUGGGGAACUCUUUUGUUGGUACUUUCAACUGGCGUUAGCAUGGUGGCAAUAUCAUUACUUGCUGGCUUUUCGCUCAGACAUGCGUCUCGAAUGUCUAGAAGCAUGAUCGGAUACUUGUACUCUUAUAUGUUCACGAGCCUCAGCAACUUCUUUGAGACCAAGUUUAUCCCUGAGCUAUUUGCUUCCACGACCGCUGCAUAUGAAACAAUCCAGGGUGCGAGCCUGGAACAACGAAAGAGGCUCCUGUUAAUACAUCAGGUCGUUUCAAUUUUCUUACGCGUCACUGAAUUUGCUGCUCUCACGCAAGCCUUAUAUCGCAUUGUCCACUCCAGCACCGACACCAGCUGUUUGCACAGCUAUUCUAUUGAAGCUAUGUCCAUUCCCAUCCUUCUGAGUGCACUUCGUCGAGCUAGCGAAGCAUUGCUGCAGCUUUUCGCAUCUGUUGGAUCGUUGGAGCGCUUAUUCCUGCUCUCCCGGGCCCUAUUGCGAUACUCGACACCUCGUUUUGAUGGCAUCAACCGAAUUGCUUCAGAUCGCAUCAUGGUGGAAAUCCCCCACAGCUUCACAGUCUCUUUGGGUUCGCCGCAGUUCGGCCCCUUUGCUCAAAUUCCACCCCUUGCUUCUGUGAAGCCGGGCUCCCUGAACGCCUGGGCGAUGCCUCGCGGCUCUGGGGCGACGACCUUGGCGAAGAUCUUCCUCCGCAUUGUCGAUGCGCCGGCACGGGUGAAGAUCGAUGGGGAACAUGUGGAGCAAUAUGAGCAGGAGACCUUGAACUUUGCCAUUCAUGUUAUUGAUCAUGCGCCGCUUCCCUCCAGCGUUGCCAGAACCCCUGGACAAGGCCACACUCUUGCAGAAUAUGUUCAGCUUGAUUUGGAGGAUGUUGGCACACCAUUAGAUGCAUGCUUGCAUCAAGCAGGGAUUUGGGAUCAGGUUGCAAAUAUCCCACAUGGCAUUGAAUGUACAGAGUGGAGCUCUUACAUGACAAAGCCUGAAGCCUUUCGCGUCCAGUUGGCUCGCGCUAUCUUCCGCGCUUCGUUGGGAACCAUCCGGAUGCUAAUGGUGCUGGACCCGCUGCGACAUUGCAACGCUUCGGAAAUUGAUGAAACGAGGCGUUCGUGGAUUCAAGCCCUUCGCCCACUGAUGAAAGACACCCUGGUGCUGAUCAUAGACCAGACAUCAGAUCCGCGCAAAUGGGCUGACUAG